UUGACUCUCCUUAAAGAAAGCAAAUGCAAGAUUUCAUACAAGAUAGGAUGUAAAACCAAAAUCUCACUUAUUGUCGUAACUUUCCUCACUUUCCUUCCUCCAUUGCUCUUUGUGUCACCGUGACGUCUGCUCCACGGAUUCACCUGCUCUAAUUCCUUAACGCGAUUGCCGAUUCCCCGGAUAUCCACUUAGAACCUGAUUAGACGAGCUCAACUCAUUAGCUCUGACAAACCAAUCCAAACCCUUCAGCCCCCCUCCUAUCAACAUUCACCAAACCACACCAAUGGCCCAUCAAGUGUUAACAUCAAACUAGAUGAUUAAACAAGUAUGAAAUGCUUUAAAUUCCCAUUUUACCCCAAAGUGGUUGUUAGAACCAAUGCUGAGAACCCCACAGGAUGUUCCUCAGGAAUCAACCAUAUUUUUGUUCAUGCCACACACUAUCCAUCACUUCCUCUGUCCUCUGCUGUGUGCGCUCACUCUUGCCUCGUCUUUCGACCCCAUAACCUGAUUUUCCAUUCCAAUCGGUUUACCUGUUCCUCACCCUCCCCUUUCUCUCUCUCCUUCUCUCUGCACCCAUCUUUGGGCUUAUCCUUUCAUCCCUGAUCUCCUUCAUCCCCUCCAAUCCUCAUCUGUUCCUCUCUCGCCGACAGGGAAGAGAAAGAGAGAGUUUUUCCACAGGUAAGUUGCGUCCAGUCUGUUGGGGGAACCUGUGGGAGGCACACAGAGAGAGAGAGAGAAGACUGAAGAGCUGUCUUGUGGACUAAGCAAAAUAGAGACUGAUAAAGAGAAAGAGACUUUGGAGUUAUAGAGACCAAAAUAAGCAUUUUUGGUAAAAAGCUUGUGUUGGUAAGGACCCUAAUCAACAGCAGCCAUGGGUGAAAUGGAGCAGAUGAAGAAGGAGGCCGAAGCCCUGAAGACACAGAUCGAGGCGGCUCGUAAAGCAGUGCAUGACACAGACAUGGCCUCCGCCGCUUCUGGGGUGGCUCCGGCCCCUCGGGUCCAACUCAAGACCAGGAAGAAUCUCAAAGGCCACCUGGCCAAAAUCUAUGCCAUGCACUGGAGUACAGACAACAGGCUAAUGGUCAGUGCAUCACAGGACGGCAAACUUCUCAUCUGGGAUUCUCACACUGGAAACAAGGUCAAUGCUGUUCCCCUCAAGUCCUCGUGGGUGAUGACCUGUGCAUAUGCUCCUUCUGGAAACCUCGUGGCCAGCGGUGGUCUCGACAACAUGUGUACUGUCUACAACUUGAAGACACCUGUAAUCAAGACGGUGAAAGAAUUGGAUGCUCACACAGGUUACCUGUCCUGUGCACGCUUCCUCAGUGACACAGAGAUUCUAACCGCCUCCGGUGAUACCACAUGUGCAUUGUGGGAUUUGGAGACUGGAAAGCAGAAGACGGUUUUCCUGAACCAUGUUGGAGACUGCAUGUGUCUGUCGCUGUCUCCAGACAUGAACUCCUUUGUUUCCGGUGCUUGCGACUCUCUGGCCAAGCUGUGGGACAUCAGAGACGGCCAGUGCAAGCAAACCUUCCAGGGUCACACCAGUGACAUCAAUGCCAUUUCAUUCCUCCCUAGUGGCAAUGCAUUUAUCACCGGCUCUGAUGACUGCACAUGCAAAAUGUAUGAUCUUCGUGCCGAUCAAGAAGUGAUCGGUUACCAGGAUGCAGCUCUGAACAGCGGCGUAACAUCACUGGCUCUCUCCAUGUCUGCCCGCCUCAUCUUUGCUGGUUAUGAUGACUUCAACUGCAAUAUUUGGGACUCGCUAAAGGGCGAGAAAGUGGGGGUGUUGUCUGGCCAUGACAACAGGGUGAGCUGCACCGGAGUACCACCAGAUGGCAUGUGUGUUUGCACUGGCUCAUGGGACAGCUUCUUGAAGAUUUGGAACUGAGUUGGACCCUGAAAAGAAGAUGAGAUGGGAAUGAGAUUGAGAUUGAGAAUGAGA